AACGUCCCAAGGGAACUAGAGGCACUGUUGGCACCUUUACUUUUAGUCCAACUUGGAAAUCCGGAUACCAUUACUGCCUACUCGAUAGAAGAUAAUAAAUUGGGAUUGAGGCAGCUACUUAACCUGAUCUUCCAAGUGGGAAUUGUAGUCAUUAUCCUCGUUAGGUGCUGGACUGGUACUUCGAUUUCUUUUCUAUACUUGCCAAUGUUUUUUGCCGGAAUAAUCAAGUACGGAGAGUUAGCAUGGGCUCUCAAGUCAGCAUUGAGGAACUCUGGUUUAACCACAGAGGAAAUUGAAAAAGAAGUAAAUGUUCCUGCUUUAUUCCGAAAGCUACCAAGGGAUGUUCCCGGUCUGGAAUUGAUCUUAAAGGCUUAUUAUCGCUUUGAUUGCUUCAAGCCUCACCUUGAGAACUGGUUCUAUAAGCCUUUUCAUGAAUCUCUUACGUGGAUGUCAAUUGAUGAAUAUUCGCCAGAGGACAUGUUCAAAAUCAUAGAUGCUGAACUUGGCUUCAUGUAUGAUGUACUCUAUACAAAGGCACCUAUUAUAUAUACACGGACAGGCUGCUUUCUGCGUAUCAUCAGUUUCUUCAGUUUAGCAUCUAUUUUAUGUGGAUUCACAAUCAUAUUUAAAGGCAAAGACAUUUUACAGCAUUGGGAUGCUGGCUAUACCUUUUUCGUGCUAAUCAUAACUAUCAUUCUAGAGAUUUAUCAGAUCAUACUGCUACCUUUCUCAGAUUGGGCAAUAAUCCAGAUGAUUAGGCACCAUAAUAUGCCAUUUAUGAUGCAGUGUUUGCGAGUUCUUGGCCCAAAGUCAUGUAAGUGGAAGAGGUGGUCCAAUUCAUUGGGACAAUUUAAUUUGUUAAGCUUUUGUCUUCACGACAAGCAUUUAAAGUUCAGUAGAAUCAUCAAGUUUCGUGGCAUGGACAUGGAUUUCAGAAAGAUUACGAAUAGGAAGCGAGUGGGGUUUCCCAAAGUAUUGAAAGAACUGAUAGUGCAAGAGUUGAAAGAGGUGGAUCAAGUGAGAGACCCAAAGCCCAUCAGCCAAAGAGGUCAAUGGGCACUUGAAAGGUAUGGAUGCCUCAACCAGUUCAAAUGGAGUGUUAAAAGGAACUUUGACAAGAGCAUUACCAUAUGGCACAUUGCAACAGACAUAUGUUAUGAUUCAGAUAUUGUUUUAUAUGCUACUGCAAACUCCCAUGUAGAAAUGAGCAAACUGUUGUCGAACUAUAUGAUGUAUCUUCUUGCCUUGCGACCUCACAUGUUAUGCACCCCCACAGCGGAUGUCAUAUUCCAUCAUGCCUACACUAAACUGAUGAUGUUCUUAAGAACUGGACCAUCAAUAAUAAGAGAUGAACACAAAGCUUGUAGACUUUUGAGAACUGACGAACUUCCAGAGGAAUCGAACUUCGAUAGAAAUAAGGAAAGCAUCGUCACAUCUAAUUGGGAUGUGCUUCGAGACGCGCAAAGACUUGCUAGGAGUCUGAUGGGUAUGGAAAACAGAUGGCACAUCAUAAGUAGUGUUUGGGUGGAGAUGUUGUGUUAUGCGGCAAGUAAUUGCCCGGUGGAUUACCAUGCAGAGCAACUGAGGCGAGGUGGAGGGUUGAUCACUCAUGUCUGGCUUCUCCUAGCCCACAAGACAGAAAAGUUCUAUACUAGUGACUAA